UUGAGUUCAUCUGUUCAUUUCAUUCAGACAUCGACUCAAUUAUGUGGUAAUUGUCUCAUAAAAUGAGUGAUAAUUAGGCGAAGAAUGGGAGGAAUGGGCGAAACGAUAGCCGGUCUGCUGAUGGCAAUCAUACCAUCGUUUUGUUACUUUCUGUUGGUCACUCUUGUCUUCGCAUCCCUCGGACUGUCCAUUGGUUUCCGAAAACUCUAUAUUUAUGUACUUUUGACGAUAUUUGAGUUUGGCCGAAAACGUAUCGAAAGGGAGAAGAAGUUGAAAAGUGAGGAAACGGAUGACAGCUCUGAAGCGGUCGACAAAUAUAAUGCCAUUAAUAGUAUUAACGGUAAAAGAGUUGAUGUGAUCGGCGGUGAUGUGAACGGAGGCAAUAAUAACGAGACGGACGACCACUCCAAACACCAGUCUCUGCACGAAAUGGAGCUUCAGAUCGAUUGCGAGAAAAGAGACUUUCAUUUGUCUGAUGGCAUGAAUUUCAUCAAAAUAGGCAUUGAGGCCAUCGUUGACGAUGAGGUCACCAAACGGUUCGCUGCAGAAGAACUAUUGUCUUGGAAUCUGUUGACGCGAACCAAUAAGAACUAUCAGUACAUAUCUCUGCGGUUAACCAUAAUGUGGGGCAUCGGAUGUCUCAUCAGAUAUAUAAUUUUGAUGCCAACGCGUGUUAUAAUAACGAUAAUCGGGGUCUUUUGGUUAGUUCUGUGCACAGCAGUGACGGGAUGUAUACCUGAUGGACGACUUAAACGCUACAUCUACUGGAAUGUUAGUCUCAUGUGUUUCCGAAUCCUUUCGCGAGCCUUCUCUGGAAUCAUUACAUUUCAUGACAGACACCAUAUGGCCAAAGAGGGCGGCAUUACUGUUGCCAAUCAUACCAGUCCUAUAGAUGUGGCGAUUCUUGCCUGUGAUAACUGUUACGCAUUGGUUGGCCAAAGACAGGGAGGCUUUCUAGGAGUGCUUCAGAGGGCCUUAGCCCGCGCCACGUCUCACAUCUGGUUCGAGAGGUUUGAGAUUAAAGACCGCGAACUCGUCACCCGAAGGCUUAGAGAGCACGUGGAGGACCCGAAUAAGUUGCCGAUACUUAUCUUCCCAGAGGGCACCUGUAUUAACAACUCGGCGGUCAUGAUGUUUAAGAAGGGCUCCUUCGAAGUCGGCGGCAAAAUAUAUCCCGUGGCUAUCAAAUAUGACCCGAGAUUUGGUGACCCAUUUUGGAACAGUAGUAAAAACGGAUACAUGUAUUACUUGUUGAUGAUGAUGACCAGUUGG